AUGAUGCCAGAUUAUGGUAUCGAUGAAAAGGGAUAUGAAUUAUUCCCAAAGGAAAUUUCAUCUGUCACUUCAAAAACAUCAGGAAUAUCUAGCAUUGAAGUCAAUCAACUUGGUGGUGCAUUCGUAAAUGGACGUCCACUUCCACUUCGGUUACGUUGCAAAAUUAUUGAGCUAACAAAACAUGGAUUUCGACCAUGUGAUAUUUCACGACGAUUAAAAAUUUCACAUGGUUGCAUUAGUAAAAUUUUGUCACGUUAUGCAGAAUAUGGUACAAUAAUGCCUGGUACCAUAGGUGGUAGUAAACCACGUGUUACAACUCCUGCGGUAGUUGAAUAUAUACAUCGUUUGAAACUUCGUAAUCCGCGAAUCUUUGCCUGGGAAAUUCGUGAACAACUAUUGCACGACAAAAUAUGUCAUAAACAUAAUUUGCCAUCUGUGAGUUCCAUUUCUAGGAUUCUCAGAAAUAAACAUAUCACUCCAACAAAUGAUUCGUGCUGCUUGUCAAUUUGUAAGUAA